AAACUCGUAAGAAGUAACUCGCUCGCGAAACAUCAAUUGAAGACAAACAAAGACGGAAAACACGUGUAACAAUUACCAAUUGAAAUGUGAUCGCAUUUUCAGAGACUUAUCUCGCGUUCCUGACGUGAGAGAAGGAAGGUUUGAAGGAGUCAGAAAGUUGGCUGUGAACGACGAGGGAGGAAGAAGGCACGCUACGCUCGGGCCUCUUCAUGAUCUGCAACUGCCCUUCAGCUUUCCCUCUCAUCACCAACCAAACUAUGGAAACUUCAAGCAUCGCGACCUCGGAUGCAGGUUACUUCUCCGGAGGGCGGGACGUGUCAGAUGACGAGCUCAGGAGAGGAAGAUACAUCUCGGGACUAUGGCGUUUACGACUUGAAAUUCCUGCCAUACCAUCCCAUUUUCGCUGCUGCAACAACCCUGGGGAAAAUACUCAUUUGCCAGCUCGAAGAAAUUGGGGAGCCAGAGCAGAAGGAUCUGCAGAUUAAGGAAGUCUCCAGCCACCAAGUCAUUCCGGAAAAUAUCACCAUCUGUUCUGUUGCGUGGUUUCCUCUCCAGCACGCUUCUGAUGGGACCCGCAUCUUAGCUUUUACAGUUGAGGAUGGUAGAGUUUUCCUGGUCCGCUUCAGAGAUGACUUUAAGUCCUUCGAUUUCUUGAAUGGCCAGCUUCCAGUACAUCAACACUUCGACAAGACACCUGUUUCCAACAAUGCGGAAAGGGCAUGGUGCUGUGCAUUUUCGCGCCCUCGUCCGGAUAGCGUGAUGUCUGGCGGUGACGAUUCCGUCUUGCGCAGGUCGACUUUGAAUUUCCCUCAGGACCUUACAACUCUUCAGGAAGACAGCAGCCUUUGGUCAGUGGUCACUGACUUGGCACUCUACAGAGAGAAGAGAUUCCCACAAGGUGUCACCGCCAUCCUCCCAUUUCCAUUCUGCACCCCUGAGUGUAGUUCGACAAUAUUUCUUGUUGGCUGCUAUGAUUCUAGUGUUGGUCUUUGGUCCGUGUACGGAAAAGAUGUCCCCGAGGCCGAAGUGAAUCUAGGUGGAGGCGUUUAUCGUUUGAAAUUCCUCCAGUACGAGCCCGGUCCACCAGAGCAAGUGGCUUGCACAUUUCAAGUCUUAGCAUCUUGCAUGGAUGCAGGAACCAAGAUCCUGGAAGUGAAGCGAAGCAUCAGUGGACAUUGGUUUAUCGAUGUUGUGGCAGAGGUCAAGGACCACCAGGACUUGUGCUACGCAGCUGAUGUCCAACCUCUGCCUGCUCCAGGUGAUGGCGAAGCUCCAAUUACAUGUCUUGAGGAGAGGAUAUGCGUCAGUUCCAGCUUCAAAGAUUGUAAGCUCAGUGUUUGGAAGUUCAACCCACUCCACGUUGUAAGAGGAGGAAUCAUUUUACCAUUACACUCACCCAUGGCAGAGUGAUGAUGGGGGUACGGGAUUGCAAUUAUCUGAGGUCAUGACGACGAAGCGAGGUCUGUUGCCGUUGCUCCAGAAGUUAUACAUCGACGAACGGACAAGCAUCGAUAUCAAGGAUCAUUGAUUCCUUGCUAAG